AUGCCUCUCUGGCGCAUCUUCUCCCACCCAUCAAUCUUCACCGCUUCUCAAAGAGAGGGCAUCUCCAAGGCCAUCACCGACCUCUACGUCUCUCGCGGCCUCCCGCCCUUCUAUGUCGUAGUCAUAUUCAUCGACGUUGACGAGAAGGGGUUCUUCGUGGGCGGAGAGUCGAAGAACAAUUUCGUGAGGAUCGUGGUCGAGCAGAUUGCCAGAGCGAUGGUGAGCCCCGAGACCGAGGAGGGGAGGAAGACCAGAAAGGCUUGGAUGGAUCGAAUCAAUGGGCUCCUGAAACCGUACAUUAUCGACAGAGCCGAGUUGGAGUGGGAACUGCACAUCGCUGAGACGCCUCGUGAUCUCUGGAGAACUCAAGGCUUGGAUCCUCCACCAGCAAACUCGGAUGUGGAGAAGUUGUGGUUGGAGAAGAACAAGGCUAUCCCGUAUCAAUAG